GUCUAACACAAAAUCUGCCAGCAAAUGCUCAAUUUCUGCAUGAUGGACACGUACCUCUCUACAUUCUCUCCAUCUGCCUUCAUAAACCCCAUCUCUCUUCCUUACCAAAGCGGCCAGCAGAGAAAAUACUCCCUCAAGACUCAUAAACAAAGUAAACAUAAGCUCCUCAGACACAACCCACAAUGAGAAACAGAGCUGUACUUCUGCUCUUGCUCCUUGUGCUCUGCUAUGGAGUCACCAGGGCAAUUAGGUUUGAGGAAGAAGAAACGGAGGAAGAGGGGACAGAAAGGAAGGAGAGAAGGGAAGGAGAGGAUUGGUUUCUGUUGCAUGACUCAAAACAUGUGGUGAAAACUGAUGCUGGGAAUGUGAGGGUGGUGAGAAGUUCUGGUUGGGGAAUGAUAGAGAGGCCUAUGCAUAUUGGGUUCAUUACUAUGGAGCCCAAGACUCUUUUUAUCCCUCAGUAUCUUGACUCCAGCUUGAUCAUCUUGCUUCGUAGAGGGGAAGCAAAGCUUGGAUUGAUCUACAGAGAUGAAUUGGGAGAGAGGCGAUUGAAGAGUGGGGAUAUCUAUCGAAUCCCAGCUGGUUCAGCAUUCUACUUGGUAAACACAGGAGAAGGGCAGAGACUUCAUGUCGUUUGCUGCAUUGAUCGAUCUGAAAGCUUGGGAAUGGGUACUGCUUUCCAGUCUUUCUUCAUUGGUGGAGGGACUUAUCCAACAUCUGUUCUCUCUGGUUUUGAACCUGAAACACUUUCAAUUGCCUUCAACAUCACAGUGGAUGAAUUGGAGGAGAUUCUGACCACGCAGAAAGAUGGUCCAAUCGUACAUUUGGAAGAUUCCCAAGCAAAGUUCAUUAAAAUGAAUGAGAAAGACAGACUCCAACACCUGAAGAAAUUGGUGGAGUUUGAAGAAGAAUCCAUGGAAGUAGAAAAGGAAACAACAUGGUCAUGGAGGAAACUCUUGAAUUCUGUAUUUGGACUGGAAAAUGAGAAGAAAAGGCGUGAGAAAACCGGUAAAUCACCUAAAACCUGCAACAUCUACAAGAAAUCCCCCGACUUCCGAAACAAUUAUGGAUCUAGCAUUGCCCUUGAAGACACUAACUGUGAUCCUCUCAAACAUUCUGGCGUUGGUGUAUAUCAUGUCAAUCUCACUGCGGGUUCAAUGAUGGCACCCCAUGUAAAUCCAACAGCAACCGAGUAUGGAAUCGUAUUGAGGGGAACUGGCAUAAUACAGAUUGUAUAUCCAAACGGAACCCAAGCAAUGAAGGCUAGAGUAGCAGAAGGUGAUGUGUUCUGGGUUCCUAGAUACUUCCCGUUCUGUCAAAUUGCAUCAAGAACAGGCCCUUUUGAGUUUUUUGGAUUCACAACGUCAGCUCGGAAAAACAGGCCACAAUUCUUGGCUGGUGCAAGCUCAAUCCUUAGAACCCUGAAAGGUCCUGAACUUGCAGCUGCAUAUGGCAUGACCAAUGAAAGCCUACAUCACUUGAUUGAGUCUCAACGUGAGUCUAUUAUAUUGCCUUCAACACCAGUAUCACCACCGGACAUGGUGAAGAAGAAGGCUAACUCCGAGAGGGUGCAGAAGGCGAUCAGGAGCUUUGAUAAUGAUAUGCUUAUGGGUUUUGAUUAGAAGAGUAGGGUGAACAAUAAUAGGGUUGCAACCAGACUAGUGGGUGUAACGUGUAGCUUUUUGUUAUGCAUUUCCUCCUUUUUGUAUCUAGUUUUUCAGAAUUUGUUAAUGAGUUUCUCAUAGUUGUGAAUAAAUUUUUGGUUUUUCUUUUUUAC